GCAAUAAGGUCAUGAAGGGACUUUGAUCAAGUUUCUUCAAAGAUUAACUGACAUCCUCUGAAAGUACAUCAGUUUCUUUUCAAUCAGGUAUUUGCUCAGCUCCUGACAGGGUGUUGAAUUCAUUAGAAUUAUACGGUUUCCUGGUCUUCGCUGUAGGUUUCCUUAAGACAUGCUGCUGAAAUCACAAAGUCUCCUCUCAGAUUCCUUCCCUCCCUCUGGCUUCCUCAUUCAGGUAAUUCCAACUCAGAAAAGGCUCUUUCUAACUUGUUUUUGACUGACAGCAAGUACGAGGGGACGUUGGGUGGGAGUGUGGAGGGGAAGGAGGGCUUUCAAAAGCACGCACAGAUACAUUACCUGAGGGACACACUCCUUCAAGGAAGGGCCAUCCAGCUUGACAUGAGAGUAACUUCAAGAAAGGAAUCUGAACUUUGCUCUUUUACAGGUAAGAGGAAAUUAUAAGGAGGAAUGCAUAGUUCCUUAGCAAUAGCUGAACAACAUUGCACAGAAAUGCAAAGCUGAUGAUUAAGACUUGUCCUGAUUAUUUCUUUUUUUAAAAAUCCCUUUUAAAGUUACUCAAACUAUCUGGGAAGCCAAGCUUGCUGAGUGCUGAUGAAAUUCUGUCUGGGGAAAGAAAAAUAAAGGUAUGUAGUCUUGAUGGGUUAUCCUGAUGAUCUGAGAUGCUACAGGGUGGUGACGGUGAUAAAUCCCUCAACUUUACUUUGCCAGUCCUUUUCUUGGGCCAUUGGGUUUUUGUUUUGUUUUUUAAAAAGAGUUUCCAAAUGCUUAUUCUGCUCAAAGACCCUGGUGUUGUUUUUCUGUUCACUUUUCCUUUUGGUUUUUAAAAAAAUCAUCUUUAAUUGCUGUAUUUCUUAACUCGAUCAGAACUCUUUAAAGUCUCUAUUAACUAUGUGCGUAAGAAGGUAUUCCACAAGAGUUUUUGUACUAAUUAUAAGGAGGCAUAAAAUAAACAACACUUGCAUGAAGAAUACGACCGUCUUAUUUCCAAGCGUAUGAAAAGUGAGAUAGAAUUGCAAAGCCCACCAUUAAUUUGCGGCAACUUAGUCAUAUAUCCCCUUUUAGAACGUACGCCUUAAAACAGAUUUAUAGCGAAAUUAAUAUUUUCCACAUUGUGCUAAUUCCAGAAAACAACAGAUCUAGAUGUUUAAUGCGAAACGGGAAGAUGUAUGCUAUUUUUAACUUCAACGGGUUAACCUUUUUCUCUUUGAUUUAUUGAUAUAAAUUGUGCCCUUUUGCUGUUCAAAUCAUGAUGCCUUUACUUUCAAUAUCUCUACUAUUCAUGUUUUAAGCCAUCAAUCUUAAACAGAGGAAUGAACAUUAAACAAUACCAUAAUAAAUAAAUGCCUUAGUUCGCAACUAGAUAAACAUCUUAGUGCACAGCUUACUUUCAAUUCCCGUUCAUUUAUAUGGCAGAAUUAAGUACAUUUCUCCCAUUGCAAAUAGUGGGGUAUAGAGCUUUUGAUUUUGCUAGGUUUGUCCAAUAGCAUUUUGUGAUUUCUGAUAUACCUUCAAAAGUGAGAAAAGCUCACUAAACAAUGUUAAUUUGUAAGUUUUUUUUUUAAAAAACUGUAAAUAAAAAUGCUAUGACCAGGCAUCCAUUUGUAUGCUGAAGAUCAUGCAAGGCCUAGAGAAAGAAACAGUAGUCAUUGGCCUGAAUUCUUUAACUACAUAGAUAUUGUUUUGUCUGAGAUAUGAUAUAUCUAUGUAACUGAAAAUUUGUGUGCAUGAAGUGUUGAUCCCAAACAUUUAGCACAUCCUGAUGGAUCUGGGGAAAAUGUAAUAAGAUCCAUCCUAGACAUAACACAGAAUACGUCAGAAUACUAAGGUUAAGAAUUCUAGACUAAACUACUUUAGAUUGUUGCAGGUGAGAGGCAAAAUUUUUGACUACUCCCUGCACUUUAAAAAUUGCCUAAACCAGCACAUUAUGAAGUUUUAAUGCUGUAGGAAAUUUAAUACAUGUAGGAAAUCAUUUAUGUAGAGCACUCAAAUUUAUGACACAUAGAUGUACACCCCACUGAAUUCUGAAAAGGUACGGUCCAAAAUUCUACCACCUAAGUUGACCACUUCAUUCUGUGCAUGUCACUUUUCAGUCAAAGGCUCUCUGAGGCAGCUUACAACACAAUCUAACAAAAUUGUACAAUCACGCCAAGCAACCUUGUUCCUUUAACUAGUGGCAGUGUCCAAAAUGUGCUUCCCUCGCAGGACCUCGGGGUGAAGGGGGGUGGGGAGGAGUAAGAAAUCAAACUAAUAACAGUAAUUUCCGUAGUAAUUUGUAAAAGGGCUCUUGAUGACAAAAAAAUUCAGAAAAACCCCCAAAAGUGUUCAAGAACCAUUGAGGUAGGUGCACCACAAAUUGUCUGUGGCCAACCCAGAAUUACGUUACUUCUAACAAGUACACAAGACACACAUCCAAGGACUGUACACAUUUUUAGAUUUGGCUUGGACAGACCUAAAUGUGUCCAAGGUUCAGGUUUUGUAUCUGAUCCUGGUUAAAACAGGUUAAAGCAGAUCUUUUAAACUUGUUCAGUCAAGCAAAGAAACAAGUCAAUGUGGCAAUCAUAAACUCAGGGACUCCAAACUUCUUUUUUGUUUGUCCUGAUUUUAUAGAUAGCGCUGUUUCUUCCACUUUUAUUGCCCCAGAUAUCUUUAGCUAACACAGACAGCCGGCAGCCUCUGGUAAGAAAGAGAGAGCUAAACCUUGAAGCACCAGACGGUGCUGAGGUGUUGAGCCAAAAACAACAGAAAUUAACUAUUCUACAUACUGCCCUGAGACUGUGUGUUUCAAAUCAUUUUUGGCUUUUUAAAAAAGCCACCUAAGUAAAAUAUUGCCGUUUUUAUAUUAUUUCUCCUUUCUCUCUUGCCCCAAAGUAUUUUAGUCUGUCUCUCUAUAUGCAGAAAUGAAACACAGAAAUAUACCAGAUACAAGUUUCUGUAUUAAAGAGUUAAAAUCAAAGUUUGCCAUCUCACAGAACCCAUUAAAUGUCAAGUGCUUGAAGGCUGCUGCCCUGCUGUUCUGUUUCUAACCUACUGGAAAGAAGGAACACUCAUGAAUGAGUUACUACAGACUCAAGCAGCACUUUACUAUUUUGUUUCUACAGCAUGGGAGACACUGAGGAAUGGCCAGGAAGGGAGAAUAAAUAAGGGGGAAAUUCCUGCUCUUGCUGUAUCAUUGAGAAUGGGGCUGGGGCAAACAUUCAUCAAACCAGUGGUAGCCAAUGUUGGUGCCCUGUAGGUGUUGUUGACCCUAACGUCAAUCAGCAGAGCCCGUGGUCAAGGUGGGCAUUGGAGUCCAGCAACAAUCUGGAGGGUACCACAUUGGCCACCCCUGCCUUAAAUCCUCCAGCACCGCAAGUUGGGGGGAUUUGCUGUUUUCCUGAUUUCUGUGUGAGAAUGGGUGAAACAUUGGGGUUGGGUCACAUCCCAUAAACCUAGGGACUCCCUGCUCCAGGAUCCUAUAAGCAAUUAUAUGGAACUGUCCCUUUCAUGAGAAGGGGUGUCUUUCAGUAGAAAAGAAUAUACUUUGUUGUCAAAAGGUCCCAGGUGCAACCUUUGGCAAAUCAAAGCAGGACUGGGAAGGACCCCUGCCUCAAACUGUUGCCACUCAGUGUAGACCAUGGGUAGGCAAACUAAGGCCCAGGGGUCGGAUUUGGCCCAAUCGUCUUCAAAAUCCAUCCCGCGGACGAUCCGGGAAUCAGCGUGUUUUUACAUGAGUAGAAUGUGUGCUUUUAUUUAAAAUGCAUCUCUGGGUUAUUUGUGGGGCAUAGGAAUUCGUUCAUUUUUUCUUCAAAAUAUAGUCCUGCUCCCCACAAGGUCUGAGGGACAGUGGACUGACCCCCUGCUGAAAAAGUUUGCUGACCCCUGGAUACUGAGCUAGAUGGACUGAGAGUCUGACUUGGCAUAAGACAGCUUCCUCUGUCACAGCUUGUGGGAGGAAGGUUAAUUUGUGCUGGAGAAAGUGCUUUCCACUUCAGUCUCCAUUAACCAUUCACAGAGGACCCUUUAAAGUGAAGAAGGGGGCAGACAAACCCUAAGAGUUUAGAGGAUUGCAGGGAGAGGAGGACUGGAGUUGGAGAUGUGUGCCACUCAUCUUUCAUCCUUUCAUCCAUUUCCUUCUUCUCUUAGAUCAUAGCUACACCACCCAGGUUCAGGGUUGGGAAAGAAUUAAGCUCUGCCCUGACCGUAUUGAAACUUUUCUGUUGAACAACUCAGAUUUGAAGAGCUAAGCUCCUUACCUAGUCCCAAACCAGAGUGGUAAAGCAUGGGGAGGGAGAAAUGAUUUGUACAUCCCCAAUCAUAACUUCUUCCCACUUCAGGAUGCUGUAAUCUCUGAAGGCCUCUGCACCCUUUGCAGUUCCAAGAGUCCUUUGGAAGGUUUCUUUGAAUGGGUGGAAGCACUACUAUCCCAUUACCUACCCAAAAUGAGUGAUUGAAGGUGACAGACCCCCUCAUACCUUAAAGGAUCCUGGAGGAGGCAGAAUUGGGACAGGGCUGCAUGGUUAUAGCAUGCAACUCCUGGCCCCUGUUUUACUCCCCCCAAUAAGGACAAGCAGGCUGCUUGCUUCCUUUCACCCUGUUAGCCUAAGUGAGGGCUUGCACCUGUCAUCUGCCUUCACACUGCCAGAACUCCAUGGCCCAGCCACAUCCUUUAGUCUUCCCAUUUGGGGUUUCUUUCUAUGAUAUUUUCAUGCUUACUCUGAUGGACACCAAGGGGAUUUAAAUUUGGCUGGAUUCUGCCCAUGCAUCAUACUUGUAGGCAUGCCCUAUUAGACAAACACAUGGGACAGCAGAAGGUCACAGCCACACCAUACUUUUAAAGCACAUGUAAGGCACAUAGCUCUCACCAAAUAAUUCUGGGAAGUGUAGCUAUGUCACAAAGGUACAAUUCUCAGCACCCUGAACCCCCAGGAUUCUUUGGGGAAGCCAUGUGCUGUAAAUGUAUGGUGUGGACAGUCAGAAAUCCUAUGCUGCCCAAUCAAGAACCACAUACAGUGUGUGAGAACAACAACACUGUGGUACUGUAGUUAUCAAAUUCAUCUUAUGUACAGUGGUACCUUGGGUUACAUACGCUUCAGGUUACAUUUGCUUCAGGUUACAGACUCCGCUAACCCAGAAAUAGUACCUCGGGUUAAGAACUUUGCUUCAGGAUGAGAACAGAAAUCGUGCUCCGGCGGCGCAGCAGCAGCAGGAGGCCCCAUUAGCUAAAGUGGUGCUUCAGGUUAAGAACAGUUUCAGGUUAAGAACGGACCUUCAGAAUGAAUUAAGUACUUAACCCGAGGUACCACUGUAUUUGAAUUUAGGUUUAGAAAUCAUUUGUAGAAUCUUAAUAGCCAUUCUUUGUAUGCUUAUUUUCCACAACUGCACUGCCAUAUCAGUGUUUAUGUUCUGUUCCCACCAGUCUCAACUCAGCUGAUAUCCAUCAUCAGCCUUAGUACAUAACUGAAGUAUUUGGCAAAGGCUAAUAUUUGUUGUUCUGUUACAACAGGUGACUUGGAAAACACCAUAGUAAGUUCCCACCUUCCUUUAGUCCUGGAAAAGUCAAUGAAACACACAGUUAUGUGUUCCGAUUGUCACAUUACCAUUGCCUGGAUCUGAUUAUAGAAAUCUGCUCAGCGACAGUGAACAGUCCUACAUUAUUUAGCACAAUCGUUUCAGGACUCAGCGUUUGACGUUCUCAAGAUUGUUGAACUUUUGAGCAGAGACAGGACUGUAAAAGAACAGUAAUAAAGAUAAGAUAGCAUGAAAUGUAAAUAAACAAGCACCACACCACCUCAUUUUGCUGAAGUUAUGUGCAAUUGAUAAUGCAGAGGUUUUCAUCUGUCUUCUUUUGAAAUGUAGCAUUGCAAAACUUUCCAUAACAAAGGAUAGUCAGCUACCACCUAAUCCCCAAAUUAUGUUUCUAAAAGCAUUCUGAAGGUUCUUUGAUGCGCAUUCCAUGGAAGGGAUUUUGGCUGUGCUGGACUCCAUUGUUUUCUCUAAUUUUUAGAUGUUGCUCACAUGCUUCAGGACAGUUAAGCAUGCAUUUAACUCUGCAAUAUUUGGAACCAAGCCCUUCACUGACACACAACCACAGGCAAGGGUGAUUUGAAUUGUAUCUGCAGCAUAGAAUGGGGGGGGGGGGGUCUCUGCUGUUAUAGAGACGCCACCCCUCCUUCCCAUUACAUUAAUCAGAGCUAAGCUGAACUAGAUGGGCACAGUUUGAACACUAAGGAACACUUAGUUGGCAUUGCUGCCUUGUUUUGGGCUCUGGAGGACAAAGUGGAGCAAGAAAAGCGAAGAAGAUGCCACAUAUUAUCACAGAAGGCUAGCAAAACUUCCCUAGGGGAAGCCUUACAUUUCUGAGAUGUGCAGGAGCCUGCUGUCCCUGGCCCCAAAUUGGUCAGCAGUCCUACCCAACACCAGAUAUGCAGGGGAGGGGGCACACUCUGUUAUGCGGCUCAGAAGAGGCAAUAAACACACUGACUCCAUCUGCACAUAGACUGGGAGGUCAAAGAGGUAUCCCUGCCUCCUAUGGCAACAAUCUGCAGCUCUUUAGGAAGCAUCACCGUACACAGAGUAGCAGUAGUAUAACACAAAAUAGAGCAAAAGGAUGACUCAACUCUUCUUAGGAUGUAGAAUGAGACCUGGUGGAAGUAAUUUUAUUUGAUGGCUCUGACAGCAUUUGCUGCUAUUUCCCUCUCCCCCAUCCACCAGCCCCUGAAAAAGAAGCAGGAAGAGGCUGCUGGUUAGCUGGGCUCACGUUUUGCUGAGUGUAAGUUGUUUUGCCUCUCACUCUCUGUCUGUUUUCCUCAGCCUUGUUUCUUUGAUAGGCGUGCAGCCAUGUGUGUGUCCCCUCUCUACCCUAAGCCAUGAUUUGUCCCCAACCUAUUACUCUCCCUAUAGCCUACCUGUCUUUUCUGGUAUUCCUGCACUUGAUUCUAUGUUCUCUCUGUCCUGGAAAAAAAUGCGACACCUGUCCUAAUCCAAGCGAGAACUUCAAGGUCAUCUAUAAAUAUGCUCCAUUUAUCCCCUGGCACCUCCAGCCAGCUUUUUCUAUUUGCUCUGAAGCAUGUUUCCUGCUUUGAGUGGAAGUAAGACCUAUUGAAUUUAAUGGGGCCUACAGCCAGAUAGGACUGCAGCCUUAUUUGCAUUCCAUCUCUCCCUCCAACCAAGAGCUGGUCAGCAUUAUGUGGCUAUUGACCAUGCUCAGUCCUCAUAGAGAUGCCCCGCACCCAAAUAAAGCUGUACUCCAGCAAACUUUGGGGUUCCCUCUUGUGGGCUGAUAACUCCCUCAAGUGGGUGUCAUUUUAGCUACAGGAGGCCUCUGGACUUUGACAAUAGGGGGAAGUAUGGGUUAGAGCAGUGCUGGAAGCCUCUGGGGCUAUUUCUUUGUUAUCUUACCCUGACAUGCUGGCUGCAUCUUCAAGAAGUGAGAAAGAGAUUUAGGUAAGCUCACAAUGCAAGCUAGCAUCCAGCAGCAGGCAAUGUCCAUGCAGAGAAGGAAAAGCAUCAUUGUCAGUGAGCUGGUCACUUGUCAAGCAUGCUGGUCUGGAAAGUCAAAGCCAUUCAGGAGGUAAAGGGAGAGUUAUCAUCUGAAAACAGUGCCAGUAUGUGGGCUCCUUCAACUCAGCUUCCGCAAAUUCACCCCUUGUCUCCUAUGCUUCAAGCAUAAGGAAAAGACAGCCAAACUCUCUGCCUUUCAUGAAAUGCUGAAAUCUAUUAACUUGCUUUUCAUUAAAGAAAGGAUGUGAAGCUGCAGCUGAAAGCUAUCAUUUCAUUAUGGAAAACUCAAUAGUUUUCCCUGUUGAGCUUUGAUGUUUUCACCUCCCUCAUAAAACAUCAAUGAAUUCAAGGGACUCAUUGACAUAAUAUUGAACUGGAACAAAGAAUCAUGGGAUCUUGCAUUCUUCUUGUUUUAUAAUUCUUUUGAAACAUGGUCACUCUCCUCUGCUUCUUUCUGGAAAUCAUACUCAAUUUCAGUGAUUCUUGUAGAACACAGUUUCACUUGCAGGCACCAGGCUACUUGCUCUGAGACGCUUUCAUGUUUCACAUUUGAAACAACAGGUAGGACCAAAUUCCUCUGGAGCACUUUCCUUCCUUUCUCCAAGAAUGUGCAGAAAUGGAAAAAAGGGGGGCAUUUUUUUCCAUUCGUUGCAUAGAGAGCAAGAAAACUUGGCACAUUCACCAGCCAAGUACUGGAAUUUGGGUGGGUCUCGGAAAAAGCACAGACUUCAGUGGAAAACAUAUAUGGGUGUGCGUGUGAAAAAGUAUUUUAAACUAUAAAUUGACCACAUACAUAGAUUGGUGAGAAAAAUAUAUAUGUAAGAAUAAUCUAGAAACGGAUCAUGAAAUUUUUGCUAGAAGACAAGCUGAUAUUUUAAAAAGAGUUUUGUCCUAGGAAAGCACCAUGGACAUUUGUCAAGCUCAGUUAUAUUAAUGGAUCUCCAAAGCUGUACUAAUUCUUAGAAGGAGGGAGGAAAGCUAUAGACUCCAGUUGAAUGUGUAAACAGAAUUUCUUUUUGAUUGGAAAUGGGAAUGGAUGAAUCAGUCUGUUUCUGGUCAGUGACACUUUUGGAAGUGUCCAUUCCUUCCUGUUUCUGCAUCAAGCUGUACUGUUUUUGUUUCUUUUCUUUUCUUUUUAACACCCCCCCCCACAAAAAAAUCACAUUUAAAUAGUUUUUAAAAAAACCUCUAAAAAUACAAUUCAACACGUGUGUGUGUGCAUGUGCGUGUCACAAGAUUUGGUUUGGACUCUGAUUCACUGCUUUCAGAAGCAGCAUCCAUAAAUAUGUGCAUGCAUAAAAAUACGCACAUAUUGUUCAGGUUCUUCCUUUGGCCAGUCAGUGUUUGCAUGUGUUGUGUGUGAAUUUGAACACCUGCAUUUCUCUUGACUGAGGCAAGGCUGGUGUCAGAGACUGACGUAUUUAGGCACCUGCUGGUAUCCAGAGGUUUGAAGAGAUGUCACACUGCAAAGACCCCAUUAGCUCCUGCUCCUUCUCCUCACUGUUGCCACUUUCUCCUUUGUUGUUCCAGAGAGGAUGAACAAGUGCAGUAAGGAGGAGGAAGCAGCCACUGCCACUGCUCACUAGCUCGCUAGCUCACUAGUUUUCUCCUUGGCAAACAAGAAGACAGCAUUGGCAAGGAGAGCAACAGCAGGUGACAAUGGCAGCAAGGAGGAGGUAGGCCUGUGUCAAAAGGGGCCUUGCCCAAAGGACCAAAGGCUUUCCCAAAUUGAGAGCUGGCAAUGAGCCGUGGUCAUGAGUGAUAGGGGCACCAGCCAUAGAUUUUGUGUAGGCCCCAUGCUGAAGCUUUAACAAUCUACCCCAAAAUUUAUUUCAGCCGAUUGUUAAUCAUUCCCUUUCCUUUGUGUACAUAAACAGCAAUUCAUUCCAUGGGUUUCUUUGUAUUUAGCGUAUGUGUUAAAUGAAUGCAAACAUUUUCAUAUUUUUUAUGUGCUUAGCACAGGGGUGUGUUUAGGCUCGUGAACUGGGAAAGGCUUCUCUUAAAAAUACAAAGGGAUUGAAUGUCUCUCUUUCAAUUAAAAGCCAUGCCAAGGUACAACCCUGUUGUUUUUUCAAAUGUAGAGUAUUUAUGCUUUGGGUGUGUUUCAAGAUAAGUGUGUGAAGAGUAGGGAUGUCAGAGAAUUCAAUAAAUGGACACAGGGGCAGAAAUGGCCCCAAUUCACAUGUUCACCCAAGGUCAGGAAUGGAAAUCAUGUAAGCAAUCAUGUAGCAGGAUUUGCUAUAACUGUUUUUGAUGUUUCCCUUCCGCUGAUAUGCAUUGAAAUUAAUUGCAUAAUUAACUACAUAAUUUAUUAUGUUAGUUUUGUCUAUAGCAGUUAGAAAUACAAAAAAAGGAAGGUUUUAGCAGAAGCCAAAUUGUGGAGAGAUGAAACAAGUGCUGAUUGUGAGGAACACAGAGUGGGACAGAAAUCACUGCCUCCAUACCUCCAUAGUGAGGAAGGACUUUCCUAUCUCCAAAAUAUUUCAGAAGGGCUUAGCUAGUGAACAUAUCACCCAUGGUUCUUCUUUUUCUUUUAGCCUCUGGGCAAUAUUCUCACAAGAUUUCUUUCACAGAAGAGAUGUGUGGUUUGCCCCACCACAUUGUGUAUGUGUGGAUAGAUAGAUUGACAGAUGGAUGUUGUCAUUAUUUUUAAUGGCAUUUGCUCACAUACUGGCAUAUUUAGAUUAUGGAUUGGGAGUUGUUGCAAAACAAACCUGCUUCCACGAAUGAUUGGACUUUUUGCAAUAAGGAAAGUGGUGGGAAAGUGUAGGCCAACACAAUACAUGCUUGAUACAGCAUUGUUUAAUCUCGCCACAAACAAAUCAGGACGGGUGCUCAUUAAACAGGUCAUCUGGAAGCAACCUAGGAAUAAAAAACCAACAAAGUAUAAAGCCAAAAUCCACAAUAUUCAAACAGACUUUGUUAUGAUAUAUGUAUUUUUAAAAAUGGAGAGGAGGUAAACACUUCAUAUAACUGUGGCUACUUAGAAAUGCCAAACACUAUUUCUAAGGAGCACGUUGUACAGAGUCUACUUCUGAGUAAGCUUGCAUUGAAUUGUACUGCAAGAAGAAGAAAAGAACGUUUGCAAAGUGGUGGGGCUUUGCUGCUUUUUAGUAUUUAGGUGAACAGACCCCUGCAUGAAAGUUGCAAUUUGUGUGUGUGUGUGUGUCUCUGCUGGGGAGCGGCAAGGAUGCUCAGCUCCAAUGUUUUACAAAUAAUAAAUAACAUAAAAAUGGAACUGGCAUGAGGAGAGAGUGGUGUUGCUUAAAUCAAAAGGUUGGAGAGGAUCUUGUAGGACAGCUAAUGUCACCUGCUGCUUGCUGCAGGAAAUCUGGAGCUAGAUCACCCCAUAGAGAUGGCAGUCCAGCUUGAAGACCUUCAGAGGAAGAAAAUCCACCACUCCUCUAGGUAGUUGCUUUAACUGGAAAACUCCUCUUCUGUCAGUAAGAUGGUCAAUGUGGCAUCAUUCAUGCCACAGGCAAUCGUUCAAGGUGACUGUGACACCUGCACAACCAUAUGGCAAUUUGCUUACUUUAAGGGCAAAUGCCAACAGCUGCACAUUUCCAUUGCGAAAUAAGUAGAUCAAGAUGAAAGACCCCAGGACUGCAAGGAAAUUGAGAUACAUGGUGAUAUACAGAUUUGCAAGGACCAUGCCAUGUGUGGAAUAAUCCUAUGUUCUAGUCAUCUCCUAGUUUGGAGAGCUAUGGCUAGUGGUUGAUUUCCGAAAGUGUGCCAAGGCUAAUAUACCACUCCAUAUAUCAUGGAUGCUUUGCCACUCACCCCACCCUGAGGAGCUGCUGUUCUGAGAGGCAAUGGCUCCAAUCUAGAUAAAGUUAAUAAUGCUCAAGUCUCACUGAAAUCAGUGGACAAAUUAUCUGUCCUAACCAACUGAAACCCAACUGAUGCCUGUGGGACUUAGUCAUGGUUAACCUUCUCUGAACUGGGUUCCAUUUCAUCAAUUUUGUUUUGUGUAUCUUGCCAGGGGGAGCUCAGCCACUGAUGACUUCUGGCUGAAAUACAGACCUUGUUGUGGCCUCACAUAACACAUAAAAAUUCAAAACACUGUGGUCUGAAGGGUGAAAUUCCUGGUGGGCCUGGACAACUCAUUGUGCCUUAAUUCCUCCUGCAUAAAAUAUCUACUUCAUGGGUUUUUAUGUAAGGGCAGCUAGUCUUGAGUUUGGGGACCAAGGGGAGAGUCCUAUGACUAAGACUACUGGGGAUUGUCUGACUGUGUAAAGUAGAGAAAGUGAUAGCUUUGAGAUUAUCAACAAAGCUAUAAACACAGAAGGUUAAGCAGAGGCAUAGGAACAACCAUCCUGAGUUGGAUAUUAGCCACAGUAGAAUGUGAUGUUGGGGAACUAGUGGGGAACAGAAGUGGGAGGGUGUGGAAUUGGAUGGAUUGCAACUGAAACAGCUUGACCCUACCAACUAGUGCUGGCAUAUAUGUGCAGAAUUAGACACAAGGGCAGGUGUUCACUAAAACACCAUAGAUUUUUAGGUCAUUAUAGCAUUAUAGAUAAUGGCUGUGUCCUUAUGCACACUUACCUGGAAGUAAGCUCUGUUGUACACAGUGGCAUUUACUUCUGAGUAAACAUGCACUGGAUUGUGCUGUAAGAGGAUUGCCUUCAUUAACCCCCCAGUUCAAUUGUCACCUUAAUAGCAAACUCCCUGGGUAGACCAGCCAAACUUCUGCCUCAGCUAUCCUCUCCAUCUGCAAAAUGGGGAUAAUGAUAUUUUCUGAUCUUUAAAGGUUCUUGUAACAGUUACUGAAACUUUUGGGCGUUGUGGAUCCAGUGAUAUUGGUGUGUCCCCACGGAUACUAUAUAUAGUCUAGCCUGAAGUUGCAACUGAGAUUGCAGCUGACAGGCAGUGCAGAAGAAAAUAGAUGCCUUUCUGAUGUACGUGAAAUCUUGAUGUGAAGACCAGUCUCAGGAAUGAAUGCACAGACUACUAAAACUGGUGUAAGAAGUGUCUAAUGCAAAUGUAAUGCCUGCAUUGCUGGGGGUUGGACUAGAAGACCCUUGGGGUCCCUUCUAACUCUCCUAUUCUAUGAAUGAAAACCUGUGAGCUUAAGGGAGGGGAAGGGAAAGUGCCCCAGAUUUAAUGAAACAAAGCAUUCCAGUGAAUCUGCUUAGGUAGUUCUCCACAGUUCCAUUUCACUACUGUAUUUGCAGUACUCUUAAUUUCAUGUGUACUAAAAGGCCCUCACUUUCCAAUGACUUUUCCUUUAUGGGUGUUACUGCUAUAGUGCAAUUCAGAAGUAAUCAUAAACUUGUUAUCGGAACUCAUUAUCAAAAAGCACUGCUUUAUAUGGCUCAUAUGUUUUGAAGUCAAAAACCAAUUCAAUGAACGUUAACUGCAGGAUGUAAAAUUGUGUGCUAAAGAGGGUAAAAGUUUUCCCUCCUAUCUUUGCAUGUGAUAUUUUUGAGCCCCUGCCAUAUGUCUGCAUCCUUUUAAAAUGCUGAAGCAGUGCUGAUACAGAGAGAAACAAAGACUUAUUGAAAUUUGACACAUACACAUGAAAAGUAGCAGCCCACCAAAACUGUAUCUGCUACAACUCAGGGUGGCCAUUCUAAGGAUGGUCCCCAUCUGUCAGUUUUCUUAGUCUUCUGGUCUUACCUUCCAUUCACCACAUUUCCAGGUCACGGUGUGAAUUCAAAUUUUUUAAAUUUUUUGUUCUCAUGAAAAUUCAUCAGCCUCUUAGUAUGUGUUUUAUACAUUUUUGUCUAAUACAUACAUUUUUGGAAGCAAUUUCCCCUCCUAUAAAGCAUUAUAAUGAUAUUUUCGCUAAUAUGAAUUUUUAUGCACAUUCCCCUCUAGUUUGUAAUUUUUUGGUUGAUGAACUGCACCAUAAAAUGAGAAGGGCAUAUUUGGAAGUAUAGCUGUAUUUUGGCUCACAUAUUGUUGCAGAAAGUGCAAAUGAGGUGAGUUCACAUUUAAAUACAAAACAAUACUGAAUGUCUUUCUCAUCCUAAGCCUAACAGAUCUGGCAAAAUAAUGAAUUAUAGUUCAUUAAUGAAGAGUCUCUCUGGGAGAUUAAUCAUUGCAGAAAAUACCAUGCCAUACUAUCUACAACAAAGCUACAAAACAAAAUUGUGCUAAAAUUAUUGAAAUACGUGUCUGGAUUCAAUAAUCUGUUAGGCUGGCCAGCAUAUGAAAUAAAACAAUGAGACAAUUUUGGGAAGUCCCACUGAAUGCAGUUGAAAUUGAUUGAAUAGUCCGGGAAUCCACAUUAAAAUAACAACUCCCCCAAUGAUGCAAUGUUUGUUCCAUUUUUGGAUGGCAAACCAGGAAUCCAGGGAACUCCUGGAUCCAUUCUAGCCCAUACCUGCCAUUGGCAAAAAUGUCCUGGAGCAUGAAAUGUAUUCAUUAAUAACUAAGUGCUAUAAAAAGACAGGCAUCUCUCUCUCUCUCUCUCUCUCUCUCUCUCUCUCCCUCUGUGUGUGUGUGUGAUUGGCACACUGUUUAGAUAUUAAGCCAAAUAAGUAUGUGCUACUUAUACAUGCCUAUAGUAUUAUCAAGCGGUGAUUAAUAGUAUUUUUUAUAACAAUACAGUUUAGGGUGAUGUGCAGCAUAAAUCUUUAGGUCCAAGUUAUGCAGGGUUAAGCCUGGCAUUAUUCAUCUUGGCACACAACCUGUAAUAACUUUCCAUACAUAGCCCAUACUGCAUUGGUUUCAUAUUAACAGCUGGAAUAUUGUUAAUGUGAUGUUUUCCCCAAAGAAUCCUGGGAACUAUAGUUUGUUGAGGAGUGUUAGGAGACCACUGUUCUCCUCACAGAGAUACAAUUCCCAGAGUGGUUUAACGGUGAAUCCCUCUUCCCAGGGAACUCUGAGAACCCUUACCAAACUACACUUCCUGGGAUUCUACAGUUUCCCACGACUGCUUAUGGUAGUACGAUACUGCCUUAAAUAUAUAGUGCAGAUGGGGGCCUUAUUCUCUGUAGCACUGAUAGCUAUCCUAUAUGCUUUUUAAGAACGAUAAACAAAUGAGCCUUCAUGCACACAGAGAGCUCCAUGAUGUCAUGGAUUGCUGCAUCAUGUGAAGAAGCCGAGAGAUAGCGGUAGAAAAGACCAACCAUUCUGGGCAAGCUGUUUUAAUUGACAGGAGAAUGACUAUGCUGAGCUUAACAGAUCACCAGACUGGGGGGUAGCAGGACAAGGCACUUGUCUCUGUGUCACUCUUAAUUAAUAAGCAGGAGUCUGUGCAGACAUUGAAAAGAAAAGAGAGAUUAGAGUAUGGAGAAAGUGAUGCCAGGCAGGAGGCCCAUCAAAAAUCAAGGGGAAAGGGGAAACUUGAAACUAGAGCACUGCAAGAAAGCGAAAGGCUGGGAGUGAUGCCUGAGUUUUGUUCUUGGCUCGCUAGCCAGUCGUUACAGGGAUCUGCAUAUGACUAGGCUCCUUUCCUCCUAUGUAAGUAAAAUGGGGAUAUAGAUACUGCCUUCUCUGCAGGACUGUGGUUAGGAUUAAUUAAUGUUUGCUUAGCACUUUGAAGAUGUAAACUGAUACAGAGCUGAAAUGCUCAGUGUUGUUUUUGCAUGGGCAUGCAGAUGACAAAAUCUCUUGGUGACCUGCAGUUGAGAUCUGGCACGUGGAGCUGUAGGAAUGGAAAGUUUAGCUCUUCAGUGUGCUAAUAUCUGUAGAAACAUUCUGUCUUAAAAAGGCAGGUAAUAUUCACACAGCAUGAACUGGGGCAAGGGUGUGAGAGAGGGAGAAGUGGAAAAUCACUGAACUCUGUUUUGGAUGUCAAGCUGUGCUAAUGAAGAUCCACUGUGAAGGUGUCCGAAUUCAAGGAAGUUGGCAAGAGAGAAGCAAAAGGCCUGAGAAUGUUGCAACUCCGGAAACGUCAUUCAUAAAAUAAAACGUAAAAAAAAAAUAAUCGUCUGCUCGCAGCAGGGAAUGGGGGAUUCUUUGUGUAAGGUGCUGUCUCUAUUCCAGCAGCUUUGUUAGAACUCCUGCUGCUAAACAAAAUAGCAGAUGUAAGAGUCACUGCAUUUUAAAACGGUUUUGAUUUCCAUGAAAAAACAAUUUUGGCCAACCAACAUCAAAUGUAAUACAGCCUGCUCUUUGGUCACUAAAUAACAAUAGCAAUUUGCAAGCCUUUCACUGUUGCAUGGAUUGUGGCAGUACAGUGGUGCCUCGGGUUACAUACACUUCAGGUUACAGACUCCGCUAAUGCUUCAGGUUAAGAACUUUGCUUCAGGAUAAGAACAGAAAUCGUGCUCCAGCAGCACGGCAGCAGCAGGAAGCCCCAUUAUCUAAAGUGGUGCUUCAGGUUAAGAACAGUUUCAGGUUAAGUAUGGACCUCCGGAACGAAUUAAGUACGUAACCAGAGGUACCACUGUAAUCCUAAAAGCUUCGCCCACUCAUACAUCUAACACAAAUCAACUGAGAUGGCUCCUAAAAUAAAUAGUUUAUGAUGACAAGCCAUAUGCCAUAAACCUAUUGGAUUUGCUGAAUGCUUUGUCCGUAAAGUCUCCAUGAAGGCAUAAGAUAUUAUUUGAUACACUAACCUUCUAUCCAACAGAAGGCUCUAAACAGAACUAUAUGAACAUUCUUUGAUAUCCAAGAGGUUAAACUGGUUUUUUUUUUUGUUUUUUUGGCAAAUGUAUAAUUGGAAUAUAUUUAUAUGCCUGCAAGGAAGCACAGCUAUUUUAAAUGCCGAAGGUAUUUUAAAACAUCGAAGUUUAUCCAUUGAUUAAGAUUAGCUAGUACCUGCCACAAACACUUGUGUUAGUAAGACAUGGGUGGCACAAGUAACUGAGCCACAGACUGCAAAAUGUUGCUCAAAGAAACACAAUCAGCUCAGGAAAUAUGGACACACCAGCGAUAAACUAGUAUACAGUGGUAUCUCGGGUUACAUACGCUUCAGGUUACAGACUCCACUAACCCAGAAAUAGUGCUUCAGGUUAAGAACUUUGCUUCAGGAUGAGAACAGAAAUCGUGCUCCAGGGGCGCAGCAGCAGCAAGAGGCCCCAUUAGCUAAAGUGGUGCUUCAGGUUAAGAACAGUUUCAGGUUAAGUACAGAACUCCGGAAUGAAUUAAGUACUUAACCCGAGGUACCACUGUAUGUCACCCCAAGAGCUGUUUGACAGUGGAACAGAUUCCCUUGAGAGGUUGUGUACUCUCCUUCACUGGAGGUUUUUAAGCAAAGGUUGGAUAGCCAUCUGUCAUGGAUGCUUUAGUUAGGAUUCCUACAUUGUAGGGGGUUGGACUUGAUGACCCCCGGGGUCCCUUCCAACUCUAAUUCUAUGAUCAUGUUUCUGUGCACAACAGACAGGGCAAGCAUUGGGAUUUUCAGCACCUUGCCAAACUACAUUUCCUGUAAUCAUCAGGAUGGUGCUACGAGGCAAGUGCAUUUCAAAUGCAAAACUGCACGUGCUCAAAGAUGUUGUUGUUGUUAAGCAGUGUUGGCAAGCUCUUUCCCUUCCUCCAAACAUAUCAGUUGUAAAAUAUGGAAUGUUGGUGUGGGAAGAGAAAUGAUAAUUGUUGGCUUUGCAUGGCUGUUUAUAGCUCUAACCAACACCAUCAUAAGACCAUUAAGUUCAGAGUACAAAAUAAUCCAGCUUCACCACUGCCCUGCCCAUAUCUUCCAGGGAUAUACACAUCUAUUUUAUUGCAAUCUCUGUCCUACCCCAACUUCACAAUUUUCAUGGAAAUGUUCCCCACAAAUAGAUCAUUUAUUUAUUCCGUACCCAUCGUAUGAGAUGGCAGUGGAAAAGAGAUACCCAUUCUUUUAUUUUUGUUCUGUGUCACAGCAGAAAAGCAGGGGAGCAUUUGAUGACUGAUGUGGCAAAAGGAAAAAAAAAUUCAUCUCAGUUCAAAAUUGGGCUGGAGAGCUCAUUGGCCCCACUGUACAUCAAGUGACAUUGACAGGGCUAAGAAAGUGGAUGGCACAUUUCUGCGAGUUAACUGGAAUAUCCAGUCUUACGACAGAGAAUAUUGGAAUAAACAAAGCAGAGGUUUGGAAAGAAUGCAAUCUUUCAUGCUUCCAGGCAGAAGUCAGUCAAGCUUGGAGGGAGGAGGUGGGGAUGCAACUAGCCUUUGAGGAUAAGUUUACUGCUUGCCUCAGGGUCUUUUCCUAGUGCGGGUAUCAUCAUUGCAACAAAAUUGAGUAUCCAAUGGCCCCUUGUGGCAACCAGCCCCUAUUCUGACAAGCAUGGCAGAGGAAAAGGGGAGGGGGGAUACUUCUGCCAAGGGAAAAAAUAAACCUCCAUGGAUUUCUGUGGGCUUUAAGGAUAUAAACAACAGGAAUUCAGGAUCACAUGAGAAGAGAGAUGAUGAAAGAAACAGAAUGCAGGAAGUUGGGGUGGGGUGGGGGGAAGCCAGGAUCGGAUGGGAUCCAUUCCAGGAUAAGAAAGGAAGUGACUAAAGUGGAUACGUGAAUGUUACCUAAUAAAGAAACACAAAUGGAAAGAGGAAGGCACCAAGGACUGGUGAGAUGCUAUUCUAAUGCUUCUUUAACAGGUCAGGGAUUCAGAAAUGCAGAGCUUUAUAAGCCUCGAUAAUAGAGAAGACACUGCCUUGACACACAGUGAGAAAAAUGGCAAAAUCACUGGAGCCAAGGGAACAGUGGCCAAAAGUGAGGCUGCGGCCCUUCUGUACAGGAGCAGGCUGGUGCUUGGGAUCUUGAACUGUGUAAGAGAGAGCCUGGAGCUCCUUCACCCAAGGCACAAUCCUGGGAAAAUGCUUUGCAUUGUUUUGGAAAUUCACAGCUGAAUCCUCACUCUGCUAUGCCAGAGGUGAAUGUGGGCUCAUUAGACACUGAAGGCCCUAAAAGCCUGCCCUGUGUCCCAACUAAAUUGGUCAUGAGGGCCUGAUAACAUUGAGAACCACAGGUCAAGCCAUGAGGGCAAAUUGAAAGGCAUGCUUGUGAGUUGCUCCCUAUGUCUGGAGUUCCUUUCUUCUUCUUCUUCAGAGGCUUAUCACCCUAAGGCAAUGUAAGACUUGAAAUAAUAAUAAUAAUAAUAAUACAUAGACAUGUUUAAUGGCUGGAGGGGGGGAUUUCUUCUCUUGUGAUGUGUGCAUGUGUGCACUUUCUUUUAGACUUACUUCAGGAGAUUCUGAUGCAUACCGGAGUUGCGGAAAUAGGCAAAUUCCAUGCUAGGGAUCAUUGGAAUCGAAAAUGUAACUGUUCAUAUCAUAAUGCUGUUUUCCAAAUCUGUGGUGCAGCCGCUUUUGGAAUGCUGUGUUCACCUCAAAAAGGAUAGAGUUGGAAAAGGGUCUGAAAAGGACAAUCAAGGGGACGGAGCGACUCCCCUGCGAGGAACAGCUGCACCAUUUGGGACUUUUUAGGUUAGAGAAAAGUAACAAGCAAGAGAUAACCUGGUAGAAGUUUAUAAAAGUAUGGAGAAAGCAAUAGCAAAAAGCUUUCCUCCCUCUCUCGUGGCACAGGUAUUCAUGCACAUCCCAUGAAGCUGAAUUUUGGGAGAUUGAGGACAGAUAAAAGGAAGUGCUUAUUUGCACUGUGCAUAGUUUAAACUGUGGAACUCACUCCACAGGAGGCAGUGAUGGCCACCAAAAGAUUAGACAAAUUCAUGGAGGACCAGGCUAUCAGUGGCUACUAGCCAUGAAGUUAUGUUCCGCCUUCACUGUCAGAGGCAGCAUGCUUCUGCAUUCCAUCUGCUGGGAGUCAUAGGUGGGCAGAAGACUGUUCUGCUAAUGCUCUGCUUGUGGGUUUUCCACAGGCAUCUGGUUGGCCACUGUGAGAACAGGAUGUUGGACCAUUGGCCUGAUCAAGCUACCUUGUCUUGUGUUCUUAAGAGUCAAUAGAUGGAGAUGGAGGGGCCAAAUAAGGAAGCAGGAAGACUCUGUGUAAGCUGAGGAGGAAAAGGGAAAAUAUAUCAGCAAUAUAUUUGAUGUUUUAUCGCAUUUUUAACAUCCUGUUGGGAGCUGCCCGGAGUGGCUGGGGAAACCCAGCCAGAUGAGCAGGGUAUAAAUAAUAAAUUAUUAUUAUCAUUUGGAUAGGGUGGGGACAUGUUCUUGUAGCCUGACAUGUGAGUGCAAUGGUGGACUGGAUGUAGGCUAACAAGCCAAGAUCUAAUCCAUAAAGGCUGUAGCACAGUGGUUCUCAACCUGUGGGUCCCCAGAUGUUGUUGGACUACAACUCCCAUCAUCCCUGAGCUCUGGCCUUGCUAGCUCGGGGUGAUGGGAGUUGUGGUCCAACAACAUCUGGGGACCCACAGGUUGAGAAAGGCUGCUGUAACAUCUACUCUGCAUGCAGAAGGUACCAGUCUCCAUCCAUGACAUCUCUAGGUAGGGAUGGGAAUGCCUCUUGUCUGAAACCCUGGAAAAUUGCUGCCAGUCAGUGCAGACAGUUCUGAGCUAGAUGAACCAAUAGUGUAAUUCGGUAUAAGGCAGCUCCUGUGUUUCUAUUGUCCAUUCUUUUGGGUGGCUGUUGUGUGUUUGCUUGAGGAUUGCCUCACAACCUUUUUAACUGCCUCACUCAGACACUGCCUCAGGGUUAAGGUGUUCCACCAACCAUUUGGGGGCAGCAUUCCCCAACCUGGUGCCCUCCAGAUGUUGCUGGAAUUCAGCUCACAGCAUCCCUGACCAUUGACCAUGUUGAUGGGAGCUGUAGUUCAACAACAUAUGUAGGGCACCAGGUUGGAAACAGCUGGCUUGGAUGUGCCCACCACAUCUCUUUCCACAUCUUGUUUCCCUGGAACAUACAGUGCAAGAUAUUUUGUAUUCAAUCUGCAUUCUAGUUCCAGGUCUGUUUGUUUAUUUAAAAGAUUUCUAGACUGCCAUUCAACCACUGGAUUCCAGGAUGGUUUUUAAUAAGCAUUACUUAAAAAAUGAAAAUACAAUAAACCAGAGCUUUCCAAACUGUAUGUCGCGACACGUCAGUGUGUCAGCUACAGUGUGUAAGUGUGUUGUGUGCACUGGCGGAAGAAGGGGGUGCAGUAGAUGCGGCCCGCCCCAGGUGUCAUCCCUGAGGGGGGUGACAUUGCCGCCCUGCCCCCCUGGGAUGCUCACCGCUUGCCAUGGGCGGCACCCCCAUGGGUGGCUAGCCCCGCCCCCGGGUGCACAGCAUGUGUGGCGCUCCGGGGGCCAGAGAAGCUAGCUCUGCCUCUGGUUGCGCGAACACUACCCUUGCUCCUCCUGGGGCUGGAAAGGGGUUAGUUUAAUCUCUGGUUUGCUAGUAAAACUGAAUUACAGUGUUGCGAAAUGAUGCAUGUCUAAAAAGUGUGUCAUCAACAUGAAAAGUUUGGAAAGCUCUGCAAUAAAGCAUAAGUCCAUCAAACAAUUACAGACUGGGAGGCAUCAAAAACUUAUAACAGCUAAAGUCAGACUAAAGCAAUAUCAUGCUUUAUAAUGCCUAAGCAAAUCAAAGUGUUUUAAGUCAUUGUCAUGUUGGCACCAGGAAGGAAUUCUCUGGGGAGGGAAUUCUAGAGCUGGGGCACUAUUGCAGAUAAUGGAAUGAAUGAAUGAAUGAAUGACCCUCUUCUUAGUGCCUACAUAAUGCAUCUGAGCUAAGGACAGUACUUGGAGAAGGACCUCCACUAAAGAUCUUAUGGCAUGGCCUGGCUGGUAUUCAAGGUCCUCUUUUAGAUAUUUGGGUUCUAAGCUAUUUAGGGCUCUAAAGUUAAGUACCAGCCUGUCGAAUGGGAUUUGGGAGCAAAAAGGUCACUCAAUGUAGUUCUUUGAGGAUUGGAGGAAUAGGGCUCCAUCUGGCAGAACCAAUGAAAAUUCUGUCUGCCCAUUUCUGCACUAAUUUGAGCUCCUGAGUCAUUUGCUGCUAGGAAGCAAUUAGAAAAUUGAUCCCACUGCCACCAUGUUCCUUGGCACUUCAGGAAAUGUGUUUUGCUAGGAGCUCCAAGUGGCAUGUUGCUUGAAAUGACUUGGAGUAGACCCAUGCAGACAUGAUGCCUCCUCACCAGAAGACAUGUCUAAAGGGGAGUUUUCACCCUGUCUUUUCAAGGCUGCAACUCUUCUCUUGCAAGCUGAUCUCAGCAAGCUCCUUUGGGUCCAAGUUGCCCUUCUAAGGGGCUAAAUGCUCCUUAUUGCGGCCACUUGUGCAUUGUCGAAAAAGAGGAAAUGUAUCACCAUUGAGAUGACAAGAGAAACUACCAAUCUGCAUAAAAAAUGUAUUUGCCGAUUUAUAUGUAGAGAUGAAAAUUUAUAAAUAAUUGUGAUAAUUUACCGUAUUUUUCGCUCUAUUGGACGCAGUUUUUCCUCUCCAAAAAUUGAGAGGAAAUGUGUGUGCGUCCUAUAGAGCGAAUGCAGGCUUGUGCCAUAGCCGCGCGCAACCCCUCCGGCAGGGAGAGGCUGCACGGGGCUAUGGCUUCUUUAGCCCUGCGCAGCGUCUCCCGGCAAGGAGAGGCUGCACGGGGCUAAAGGGGAAGCCAAAACAGCUUGCCUGCUUCCAUAGCUGCGCGCAACCCCUCCGGCAAGGAGAGGCUGCACGGGGCUAAAGGGGAAGGCAAAACAGCGAGCGGGAUCCAUCCCGCUCGCUGCCUUGCCUUCUUCCAUAGCUGCGCGCAACCCCUCCGCAAGGAGAGGCUGCACGGGGCUAUGGCUUCUUUAGCCCCACGCAGCCUCUCCCGGUAAGGAGAGGCUGCAUGGGGCUAAAGGGGAAGGCAAAACAGCAAGCGGGAUCCAUCCCGCUUGCUGCCUUGCCUUCUUCCAUAGCUGCGCGCAACCCCUCCGCAAGGAGAGGCUGCACGGGGCUAUGGCUUCUUUAGCCCCACGCAGCCUCUCCCGGCAAGGAGUGGCUGCAUGGGGCUGAAGGGGAAGGCAAAACAGCAAGCGGGAUCCAUCCCGCUCGCUGCUUUGCCUUCUUCCAUAGCUGCGCGCAACCCCUCCGCAAGGAGAGGCUGCACGGGGCUAUGGCUUCUUUAGCCCCACGCAGCCUCUCCCGGCAAGGAGAGGCUGCAUGGGGCUAAAGGGGAAGGCAAAACAGUGAGUGGGAUCCAUCCCGCUCGCUGCCUUGCCUUCUUCCAUAGCUGCGCGCAACCCCUCCGCAAGGAGAGGCUGCACGGGGCUAUGGCUUCUUUAGCCCCACGCAGCCUCUCCCGGCAAGGAGAGGCUGCACGGGGCUAAGGGGAAGGCAAAACAGCGAGUGGGAUCCAUCCCGCUCGCUGCCUUGCCUUCUUCCAUAGCUGCGCGCAACCCCUCCGCAAGGAGAGGCUGCACGGGGCUAUGGCUUCUUUAGCCCCACACAGCCUCUCCCGGCAAGGAGAGGCUGCACGGGCUAAAGGGAAGCCAAAACAGCGAGCGGGAUCCAUCCCGCUUGCUGCCUUGCCUUCUUCCAUAGCUGCGCACAACCCCUCUGGCAGGGAGAGGUUGUGUGCAGCCUUGUACGCUGCUCUUUGGGGCUGGGGGGGGGAAAUAUUUUUUUCCUUGAUUUUCCCCCCUAAAAACUGGGUGCGCCCUAUGGUCCGGUGCACCCUAUGGUGCGAAAAAUACGGUAAAUAGCAAUGCAAUGCAUUUGGCCAUAAUGGGGAAGUCAAUAACCAGGUGGCUUGUGUGCCUGUUCAGUCCACUAUCUAGGUGCUUGCUGUUGUUGGGAGCCUUCAAGGUCCCUACUCUUUCUUCCUAGAAUUAUUUACGUCUAACCUGGAUUCGUACCAGACCACCUUUCAAAUGGAGAACUCCCUCAAGCAGAAGACUGCCUUUUGUAAAGGAUACAGUGGUACCUCUGGUUAUGAACUUAAUUCGUUCCAGAGGUCCGUUCUUAAGCUGAAACCAUUCUUAUCCUGAGGCGUGCUUUCGCUAAUUGGGCCUCCCGCUGCACGGGUUCCUCCAGCGCACAAUUUCCGUUCACAUCCUGGGGCAAAGUUUGCAAUCAGGAGCAACUACUUCCAGAUUAGUGGAGCUUGUAACCUGAAGCGUUCAUAACCAGAAGUGUCCGUAAUCAGAGGUACCACUGUACAUGGUUAGUCUAGCCUUCUGGCUGUCUCUCACCACCUCCACCUCCAAUACUUGAGGUGUGAAAUUGACUAGGCCAGAAGGUUGCUUAUUUCCAUGAUGUGUUCACUAGGAAGGAAUUCAGUUUUGAGAGGUCAGCUGCAGCCCUCUUCAUUAGUGGAUUUACGCACUUCUGUUCUGGCAGGAGCUGCUUGAUUUCUUGUAAUUCCUGAGUCAUGUUUUUGCACGGUGGGCUGCCAACACCCAAAAGGGUAGUAUGUUAAAAGAAGAAAUGAGGAUUAGUUACCUUGGCAAAUUAAUUCUUGCCCUUGGGUGACUAUAGGCGGCUCAGUUCAACAAUUCCUUAUGGGUUCACGGACUCUGUUUUGCAGAUGGAGCUUCUCCACCCCCAUUCUGGUCAACAGCACAAGGGCUUUUCCAUUCAUUUCCUACUUGUGUAAAUGAAUUUACCAUCUUCUCCCAGUGGCAAGUAUGGGUGACUCACACCCAAGCUCCAUUUGUACGUCAGAGAGAAAGUAACAAGCUGCAGGAUGAAGAUCAAACCUUGGGGAGCUGAGAGAAAAUCUGGUACUGUUCUCUGUCCAUUGGUUAAAAAAACCAAACAGUAUAUUUUCUUGUCCAAAGGUUGUGAACAAGUACCAUGCAUUUCUUCUCAAAUGGUUUUCCGGGUUGGGAUUUGUAUGCCAUUACCUAAGCUGCAUUUCCUCCUGCCCAUGUCCCAGUUGUUAGUGCGUUGAAACUAAAGCACAUUUUCUGAUGGACUGCCCCUCCUCCUCUCUUUAUUGUUCUUGCUCACAUCAUCAGGACUUUGUCUUUUUCCUCCGGACAUGUUGCAGUGUGUGUGUGUGUGGUGCUGUUUUUACUGUCACACAAAAGUUCUUUUACUGGGAUCCUUGGUGUUUUCCCCCUUCUCCUUUUGAGCUUUCAAGAGUUGUCAUAUGUGAGCUGGUUAAGGAAAUAAAAAUAAACACAAAUUUACCUUCAGCCUGCCAGCAGUUACUCAGUUAUGGGUGUAAACAUAAAUAUUCUUUUACUGACAAAACAGGAAAGUUGCAUUAGUGAAUAAUUACAUUGUUAUUCUGGGUUGGCACACAUGUCUACUACAAGUACGUUGAUUUCCAGAAAUGUUCUUUUAAGGAGUUACAAGGGAGAAGUAUUUCUCUCUCUCUCCUGUGGUUCAUAAAAAUGAAUCACUUAUUAAAGUUCUCUCUUGAAGCCAAACAAUGGAACAAAACAAUACUAGCUGCAUGAAUUGCCAGAGUACAAAGGAUGCAUGGGGUUUUUUUGUGGGGGGGAUUUAAGCACAGGAAGUUUUGUUAUUGGAAACUCCUGCUAACUUGCUCUGGCCUUGUGCUGCGUAACCACUGUCUGGUCGUGGAAGCCGUGUCUUUUUUUGUCCCAUCAAGCUGGCAAAGACAGGCACCUCCUGCUUUUUGUGCGCUUUGUUCAGUCCUGGACAGAGGCACACUUCAUCUCCAUCUGCACUGAGCUAGGAUUCACAGUAAACAAACUUUGAGAAACUUGUGGUCCAGUCCCUUCUGUGUUUGCUAAGGGCAGGGCCCAUUGCUAGAAAGCUGAAUUUGUGAAUUGCCUCCUGUUUUUUCCACUGACUCUUUGAAAUUGGAGAGGCCUAUGAUGUAAACAGCCUUGAAGAGCUUUCAGGUGCAAAUAUUUCUUUCUCACGCUCUUUUCUAGGCAUUCACAAGAUUGCUUGCUUUUAUUUUCCCUCUAACACAGCUAGGCAUUGAGGACUUGUGAAAAUCGAAAUCAAAAUGCUCAUUUUAAAAAUCUUUCCCCCCAGCAUUUCUAAGGGAGACAUAAUUACAGAACUGAUUUGGAAAAUCAUAGCUAAAUUGGUCUAGUGUUAAUGGAAUAUUUGUCUCCUGAGUGGAUCACAUUCAGUAAAUUAAUGUUGUUAUUGUUUUUUAAAAAGAGAGGCCUGUCUUCUUUCCAUGAUAAUAAAUAUGAGAAAUAUUUUAAUACAAUGUAGGACUGAAUUGAUAAAAUUACUUUCUGGACUCUUGAGUCAAGUCAUUUAUAUUGACAUGAACGCCAGGGAGGAAAUUAUAUUACUUUCUGCUUAUGAAAUUAACUUGGUGCAACAUUGCAUGCUGAUGCCAGAAAUUUUCAAAGUGUAGCAGAUUUUUGCCCAUAAAUAUGGAAUGUAAUCAUAAUCUGGUGAUUUUAAUAUAGAGUCUGUUUUAUCAUAGUUUUGUUGUUGUUCUUUUAAAAAACUAUUUCCCCCCAUCUAUUUAGGUCUAAGACACUGACAAUGGAAGCCACCCAGAUCAAUAUGUCACAAGCGCCACUAGUGAACGGCAACAUCACUGCUAAGUCGAAAAGGAGCAAACCUCGUGUGAUGUCCAAAAGUGGCCACAGCAACGUGAGGAUCGACAAGGUCGAUGGCAUUUACCUCCUUUAUCUUCAGGAUCUGUGGACCACCGUCAUCGACAUGAAGUGGAGAUAUAAACUUACCUUGUUUGCUGCUACCUUUGUAAUGACUUGGUUUCUUUUUGGAGUCAUCUACUAUGUCAUUGCCUUUCUUCAUGGAGAUUUGGAAGGGAACAAACACCCGCAGAACCAGGCCCCCUGCGUCAUGCAUGUGAGGUCACUCACUGGAGCAUUUCUCUUUUCUUUGGAGUCACAGACUACCAUUGGCUAUGGCUUCCGUUACAUCACAGAAGAGUGCCCUCAUGCCAUCUUCCUUUUAGUUGCUCAGCUGGUUCUCACCACCUUGAUCGAGAUCUUCAUCACGGGGACUUUCCUGGCCAAAAUUGCUAGACCCAAAAAAAGGGCCGAGACCAUUAAAUUUAGUCACUGUGCUGUCAUCUCCAAGCACAAUGGGCACCUGUGCCUUGUAAUCCGAGUGGCAAACAUGAGAAAGAGUCUCUUGAUCCAGUGCCAGCUGACAGGAAAGCUUCUCGAGUCCUACGAAACUAAAGAAGGUGAGAGGAUUCUGCUUAACCAAGCGACUGUUAAAUUCCACGUUGACUCCGCAGCAGAGAGUCCAUUCCUGAUUUUACCUCUGACUUUUUACCACAUAUUGGAUGAGAGCAGCCCUUUAAGAGACCUUUCACCCCAAAACCUGAAAGAAAAAGAGUUUGAACUGGUUGUCCUCCUGAAUGCCACCGUAGAGUCAACAAGUGCCGUCUGCCAGAGCCGAACAUCAUAUAUCCCAGAGGAGAUCUUCUGGGGUUUUGAGUUUAUGCCUGUGGUCUCUCUCUCUCCAAAUGGGAAGUACGUUGCAGAUUUUAGUCAAUUUGAGAAGAUCAGAAGAUGUCCAGAUUGUACCUUGUACAGUAUGGACUCUGAAAAACAAAAACUAGAAGAGCAAUAUAGAAAAGAAGAUGAAAGAGAAAGGGAGCGCAGGACAAGGUUUUUACAGCAAAGCAAUGUUUGAUUUCUCAUCCAACACCAACCACAACAAAUAUUUAUACAGCAAGAAUUAUCAUCACCCCCCCUUGAAAAUGGAAGGGCAUCAAAAACUCAUCCAAACAGCUGUGGCUGCACAAACAAGACAUUUUAUUCUAGAAUCCAUGAAAACUAAGUACACUAUCUAGAUCUGUUGCCUAUUUUUCGACCCUUAAGAGUCCUUUUUGAGAAACUGGUUUUCUUAUAAAGAAAAGGUCAUAGUAGAUUGAAUCUGCAUUAACCCCUGCCCCCCUCUGUUUGUCCACCUGCAAUAGAUGGUGCCACCAAACAAGACAGGAGUCACCACUCCCUUCUCCGUUCAUCUGGGGCGUGUGCAGGGAGGAAAAAAGCAUGGAUAACCUAACCUAGGGGAGGGUUUUCAAAUGUGCGUCAAGUAACCAUCCUUGUGGACAGCAGGAUCCAGACUCAAUCUAGACUGAAAGCAGCAUGUUGAGGACAAGCAAGAACAAUUCCAGAUUGAGGAAAAAACGACAUUUUUUGUGCUACAAAUGGGUUAGUGUGUGUACACAGCCCAAGAUGUGGGGCGCAUUCACCACUUUUGUAUCAUUAAUCAAAGUGGUUUGUUUUUUUAAAAAAAUUAAAUGACUUUUGUGUAUAGGAUGAUGUAACUGAGAUGAAUAUCUUUAAGGAAGCAUAGAUAGUAGCCUUGUACCGAGUCAGACCAUAAGUCCAUUGAGUUCAGUCUACACCGAUUGGCAGUGACUCUCCAGGCUUCAGAAAGGGAGUAUCUCCCAGCCUUCGCUGGUGAAACUAAACUGUACAUGGUCUCUUAUUUCAGAGGCAGCAGCUCCAUUGUAAAUACACAGCUAUAGACUUCCCCACUCUAGGAACAUAGGAAAUGCGUUCUACUGAGUCAGAGGUUUGUCUAGAUGAGUAUUGUCUCCAUUGACUUGCAGUGGCUGUCUAGGAUUUGAGACUGGAGAUACAAGAUCUUGGACCUGCUGAGAGCGCUAUGGCCUCUCCUUGUGUCUUAACACUCUGCCAUUUGGCAAUUUUCAUAAGAUUGAUUUUCAGUUAACCUAUGGGAAGUUCAGUAUAUUGAACAAAUUUACUCACAAUAUUUAUUUGACAUAGAUUAGCCAUAUAAGUAGGAGGAAAGAGUAGGUUCUGAAAGGUUAUAUAUUCUUUGGUAUAGUUAGGCUGCAAUCCUCUUACAGUUCCCUGGAAGUAAGUGCAGUUGAACUCAGGGGGGUUUACUUCUGAGUAGACAUGCAUAGAGUUGCACUGUCAGUGUCUAUUUACCCAGAUUUUCAUGCUUCUUAAGAAAAGGGAAACGACAUUCUGGUUGUGUCGUUGGAAAUCAGUUUCAUGGAGCGGAAACAAUUUGAAUGACAAUAGACGGCAGCCUCUAAAAUGACUGCCCAGUGCAAUGUGGACUUGGAGUGUGGGGUUGUACAAACAUAGACCACCACCCCUCCAAAAGCAUCCACAUCUGUUACAGACAGAAGGUCUCUCCCCUUGGCCACCAGUGUAAAUGUCUGUGCUACAGGGGAGGAUUAGAGAAUCACAUCAGAAGAACAGAAGUGCAAAAACAGAGGGAGAUCUAUUGUGGCACCCAUAGGCUCUAUAGCUCCCUAAAACACCCUAACUCUUGGCACUCACCAAGGAUGCCUCCACCUCCCUUUAAAAAAACAAAACAACCUGAGGGACAGGAGCUUUUUCUGGUUGUAUGUUGAGAAGUUUGUCUGUUUUUCUGUCUGUGUUCUAUUUCCUGGGGGAUGUAGGUAUUUUUUUUCGUUUUCUUUUGAUGGUGGUUCUGAGGAGCACCAGUUUUUCUUCUAUGAAAUGGGUAUGUUGUGGUGCUCAUAGCAGCAUCUCAGAUUUCUAAAUGUGCCCCUGCCCCCACAGAAAAAGUUGGAGACACGCUGCUCUGGAUUCUCUCUUUCUGGCACAGCAGAGCAAGAAACUCUAGGGGAACCACACAAAUAUUGCAACAAUGGCUUGGGAAACAAUCAUUUCCCUCUUUCCCACUUCACAGGCUCCUUCUGCCAGUCUUUGCCAAAAAACAAAACAAAAAAGAAACAGAAAGAAAAUGAAUGGCUCCAAGGGACAGUAUAGUUUCUUCCCCAUCUGCCAUCGUAUGCACAGCAGUGCAGGUGAUCAGGCUGUCCUAGUCGGGCCAAAAUUUUUAUUUUGAAUCCCUCCUCCACCCCUUUUUAAAAGAAAGCUGCCAUGGAUAUAUAGGAAUGGAGUUGUAAAAGGAAAAAGAGAAAUGUAUUAUUGGGAAAAUGCUACCGAUAACGUUUUUAUGAUAUGACAUAUAUAAGCAUUAGAGUCAUGUAUUUAAAAGAUCGCUUGUUUUGCUUUGGACCACUGUUUAAUAUUCUUAAAUAAAGAUUUCUGAAACAUUU